GCGGCCCCACAAAAUGGCGGCGCCCACGGAGGGCCCGGCUCCGGCCCCGGCCCCGGCCCCGGCCCCGCUGCUGCGGGUGGUGGCCGAGUGCGGCCGGAGCCGGGCUCGGGCGGGCGAGCUGCUGCUGCCGCACGGCGCCGUGCCCUGCCCGGUGUUCAUGCCCGUGGGCACCCGCGGCACGGCCAAGGGCAUCACGGCGGCGCAGCUGGCGGCGCUCGGCUGCCGCAUCUGCCUGGGCAACACCUACCACCUCGGGACGCGGCCCGGCCCCGAGCUGGUGCAGCGGGCCGGCGGCCUGCACGGGUUCAUGGGCUGGGCCCGCAACCUGCUGACGGACAGCGGCGGCUUCCAGAUGGUCUCCCUGGCGGCGCUCUCGGAGGUGACCGAGGCCGGCGUCCGCUUCCGCUCGCCCUACGGCGGCGCCGAGCUCCUGCUGAGCCCCGAGCGCUCCAUCCACAUCCAGAACGCGCUGGGCGCCGAUAUCAUCAUGCAGCUGGACGACGUGGUCAGCAGCACCACCACGGGGCCGCGCGUCGAGGAGGCCAUGCACAGGUCCGUCCGCUGGCUGGAUCGCUGCAUCGCCGCCAACCAGCGCCCGGCGCAGCAGAGCCUCUUCGCCAUCAUCCAGGGGGGGCUGGACCCGGCCCUGCGCAGGCGGUGCCUGGAAGAGAUGACGCGCCGCGACGUCCCCGGCUUCGCCAUCGGCGGCCUGAGCGGCGGCGAGGAGAAGGAGCAGUUCUGGCGCAUGGUGAAGCUCAGCACCGACCUCCUGCCCCGCGACAAACCCCGCUACCUGAUGGGCGUGGGCUACGCCACCGACCUGGUGGUCUGCGUCGCCCUGGGCUGCGACAUGUUCGACUGCGUCUUCCCCACGCGGACGGCGCGUUUCGGCUCGGCCCUGGUGCCCUGGGGCUCGCUGCAGCUGAAGAGCAAGCAGUUCGCCAAGGAUUUCCGCCCCAUCGACGAGCAGUGCGGCUGCCCGACGUGCCGCCGGCACAGCCGCGCGUACCUGCACGCGCUGCUCCGCAGCGACCCGGCCGCCCUGCACCACCUCACCGUGCACAACAUCGCCUACCAGCUCGAGCUGAUGCGGGCCAUGCGGGAGAGCAUCGUGGGGCAGCGCUUCCCCGACUUCGUGCGGGAUUUCGUGCGCGCCCGCUACGGGGGCCCCGAGCGCUGCCCCCCCUGGGCCCUGCACGCGCUGGCAGCCGUCGGCAUCACCCUGGACUGAGGGGGCUGCGCCCCCCCCCCGUUUUAUUCCGGAUUUGGGGGUUUUGUAUCGUUUUUGCAUUUGUUUUUUUAUAUUAUGAGCGUG